GGUUCAAUGAAAAUGCGGUUGAAGUUUAGUAGGGAAAUCCAAUUACUGUAGGUUAUGUGGAACUAAUAUAAUAUUGUUGUAGAAUUCACAAAUUGUCACUUAAAAAAUGACGCUAUAUCAUUUUGGUAACUGUGUAGCGCUAGUUUAUGUGCCUUAUUAUCUGACGUACAAAUAUUCUGGACUAUCUGAAUACGGAGCCUUUUGGAAAUGUAUACAAGCAGGAGGUAUCUACAUAUUCACACAACUUGUGAAAAUGUUAGCGUUAGCUACAUUCUUCCCCACAGCUGACAAUGUCGGACAUGAAGGCUUCCACUUUUUUGGAGAAUUUUUGAAAUACUCGAUAGAUCUGGCAGAUCUCGUAGGAAUUCUUAUAGUCCUCAACGGAAUUCCUGGCAAGGGUCACGCGAAGGUUUUAACUGCAGGAAUUGGCUGGGCAGGAGCGGAAGUGCUUCUCACGAGGUUUCUCCUACUCUGGGUGGGUGCACGAGGUGCUGAAUUCGACUGGAAGUACAUCCAGAAGAGUCUGGAAUCAAAUAUCUCCCUAGUUCAACACAUAACGACUGCAACUCUGGUCUGGUUGUGGUCGCGACAUGAUUUGAAGAGAGGAUUGGUUCCUCUGGUGGUUGCAAUGCUCUUGCUAACUGUGUACAGGCCACUAAUUUUAGACUUGUUGGUAUCGUUGUUACUCGCUGGACCCUGGUCGUCACUGCUCAUCAAAGCUACAACCACACUCUUCAUGGGGGCCAUUACAUUACAUGUGUACGCAGGAUUAGCUCAUUCGAUUGGAAUUUUCUAAUUUUCUUCUCAAAUCAUUGCGAUAUCAAUACGUAUGCCAUAAAUGAAUGAAUUAAUAAAAUAAGCUUAGGAUCAAUUGAAGAGUUUUGUGGAUAAAUUCUUUCAUCACCAAUAAGUUUAUUGAAAAUCUAUCAUAAGGGAUGUUCAUUCAAAAUUGCAAGCACUCAAACAAAUUUUGACUUUUUUUCAACUGACACGCAGAAUUCUUUUUCGUGUUAAUAAAAAUUUUAAUCCAACAACUCGAUUAUUCAGAAAUGAAAUAGACAAAACUAACCGAAUGUUGGCAUUAGCAUGAGUUUACAUGAGGUUUGAAGUGUUAAAUAUCUGCAUUACUUGCCUGGGUAGCCGAUGUUUUUCCUUGGCUAUUGGAUUUAAUACAUUCUUUCCAGUGGAUGAAUUUUCGAUUUGAAAAUAAAUUCUAUAGGAGCCAAUAAA